CUGCACCUAAUCAAUGAAACUUAUGAGAGCGGCGCUUUGAAGUUGUUGCUCUGCCGCAAAGAUAAAAGCGUUUCAGAUGAAGAUGUGAGAACAUUGACAGAUAAGACCUCACGCGACAUCAAUCCGCCUGAUCUUCAAGUCUUCUUGACCGGAGGAACACUCGCGAAAGUCUCUCUGUAGGAGGCAACAGGCGACGUGGUAACAGCAAUGAUUUACAUCGCAACCACAGGAUGGAGUUAUUUAUCUGGGAAUGAAUGUUAUUUUUAAUGUCAAAGGGAAUGAUUAUUUUUAAUGUCAAAGCAGAAGUGAAGGCCUGAAUUGCGAAUGACUGAAGUCAUGGCUUGUUGGAUCCAGCUUCAUUGGAGAAUCUGGUUGUUGGUUCCACUGGCUCUGGAUCAUCUUGCUCUUGCUGAAGAUCUGAAGCCCACCAGAUGGCCUCUUUACCCUCAGAAGCCUCUGGUUCUGGUCUGGAAUGCCCCGACAGAAGACUGCAGGCCUCGGCACAACGUCCACCUCCAGCUCGAUCAGUUUCAGAUUGUGGCCUCUCCGAAUGAAGGCUUCACCAAGCAGAACCUCACCAUGUUCUACAAAGACCGCCUAGGCCUGUAUCCAUACUAUCAGGAUGGAGUGGCCGUCAACGGUGGACUACCACAGAUCGCCAGCCUCACGGAACACGAAGAGAAGAUGCCGGAGGGGAUCGCAAAGUACAUUCGCGACCCGUCUGCACGAGGCCUGGCCGUGAUUGACUGGGAGGAAUGGCGUCCGAUUUGGAUACGGAAUUGGGACACCAAAGCCAUUUACAAGAGCCAGUCGCAGCUCUUAGUGGCCCAAAAAAAAACAGAGUUGACUCAAAUCCAGAUAAACAAAAUAGCCCAGCAGGAGUUUGAGAUGUCCAGCCGUAUGUUCAUGCUGAAGACGUUACGGCUGGCCAAAAGCUUGCGUCCAAACCAGCUUUGGGGCUUCUACCUCUUUCCUGACUGCUAUAACCAUGACUAUCUUCGCAGUCUGGAGAACUACACGGGACGCUGCCCGGAUGUGGAGGUGGCCAGGAACGACCAGCUGAAGUGGCUGUGGACUGAAAGCACGGCUCUGUUUCCAUCCAUUUACAUGAAGUCUGUGUUGCGUUCGACAUCCUCCGCUCGCCAGUUCGUCCGAAACCGGGUGAAGGAGGGAAUGAGAUUGGCAUCAGUGGGAGAGGGAUUGGCACGUCCUGUUUUUGUCUACAGCCGCCCUACAUAUGACGAUGAGCUGGAACUGCUGACAGAGAUGGAUUUGGUGUCCACCAUUGGAGAAAGUGUGGCUCUGGGUGCAGCUGGUAUCGUUUUCUGGGGUGAAGCUGCUUAUGCCAGCAACAGUGCCAUUUGUUCCAGUUUGAACCAGUACUUGCGGGGUCCACUGGGCCGUUACCUCCUCAACGUCUCCACAGCAGCCGAGCAGUGCAGUCGCUUCCUGUGCAGUUCCCACGGUCGCUGUCUGCGCAGACAUCCGGACACGGACACGUAUCUGCAUCUUGACCCACAGACGCACACAAUAGUAGGCCAGGGGAGCGAACUGCGCGUGAAGGGAGACGUGAGCGUGGAAGAGCAGCGGCGGCUGAGCGAAGACUUCCAGUGCCAGUGUUUUAGUGGGUAUCAGGGCGAGAGGUGUGAUCUCGUGGACCCUCUUCAGCAGCGAGGAGACGGACAUGCACUGAAAGCAUUAUGGAUUUACCUCCUAACUCCAUUGCUGCUGCAUUCACUGACCUGAGCACACACCAUAGACACUUGAACUCGUUUUCUUGCUUAUGAAAUGUUUGACUGGUCAGUGCGCUCCAAAUGCUGUUGUGAAAAGGUCCUUUGCUUUCAUGAAGUCAUGUGGGUGAGCUUGAAAUCGAAAUUUAUAAGUAUAAACACAGGAAACUGAGUUCCUCGGAGUUUAAAUAAGCACUUUUGUUUGUUGUCACACGUUACUCACACAACAUUUGAGCCAGAUGUAGGAUAUUGUGCAACAGGAAAAUCUUAAUGAAGAUUUAUGACUAACUGAUGAGUGGAUUCAUUCAGAAGAAGUCUUCGCUUGUGUCACUGUUAAAACAAUUUGAAACGGUGCACAUUUGGUUUUAAGUGGCAGUCUUGGUUUGAGUGUAGAUUUGAGAUACGAGCAAGCCUUAAAGGAACAGUUCAGCCUAAAAUGAAAAUUCUGUCAUUAUUUACUCAAUAUUACAUCCUUUAUAUUUAAGUCUUUACCUGAAUGACUUCAGAAGACUUGGAAUAUAGUACAUGAGCUGCGUGAACCACUUUUAAUAGUUGUUAAAGGAAUAUUUCACACAAAAAUGAAAAUUUGCUGAAAGGUCAGGCCAUCCAAGAUGUAGAUGGAUUUGAAUUUGUUUCCUUAUCAGAGCAGAUUUGGAGAAAUGUAGCAUUGCAUCACUUUCCUCUGCAGUGAAUGGGUGCCGUCAGAAUGAGAGUCCAAACAGCUGAUAAAAACAUCAUUACAACAAUCCACAACACUCCAGUCCAUCAAUUAACAUCUUGUGAAGGCAUUUUUAACUUUGAACCGUGCUUCUUUUCAUUUUAUGCAUGUUUCUCUCCUGAUUCAGGACUUGUAUUUUAGCCAGAAGCAACAGUUUGAAGUUCCAACAAAUCCAUCAAGAUGUUUUUUUUAAAAUCACAAACUAACUUGUUUAAAGGUUCUGGAUUAUUUACACUACUUGUAAAUUAUUUUUUUAUCGGCUAUUUGGACACUCAUUCUGACGGCACCCAUCCAUUGAUGAAUCAGUAAUGUAAUGAUAAAUUUCUUAAAAUCUGUUCUGGUGAAGAAACAAAUUCUACAUCUUGGAUGGCCUGAGGGUGAGUACAUUUAAAGCAAAUUUUCAUUUUUGGGUGAACUAUUCCUUUAAGAUGAGACUUCUAGUGUUGGAAAUGUGGAUGCAUGUCAUGCAAUGUCGCUUAUGCUGGCUGACCUGAGUUUGAAUCUGGCUUGUGUGUGUCAUUUCCUGAUCACAACCCCCAUUUCCCAUCCUGUCCUGUUCUAUAAAGGCAAACCCCCCCUAAAAAAAUAACUAAAGAAGAUACUACUAAAGAACUGAUAGUUAUUUAUAUCCUGUUAUUUAAAAGUGUUUGGCAACUUUGGACUGUAUCCUCUUUAUUACUGUUUCAUGGACUAAUUUAACUGUUGCCAAAUCAGCAUAUAUUUUUAUGCACAUUUUUUGCUUCAUUCAGCAUCUCUAUCAAUGUUGUAACAGUGAUUGUUAUGUUAUGAGAGUUAUGAGACAGUGCUUAUAUUCGUAUGUGAAAAAGGCACUGGACUGUGAGAGAAGAAGCAGAUUUUCAUUAUAUCUUUAAAUUGCAAAAACAAUUGUGACAUUAUUAUGAAUUAGAUUUUCUGAAAUAGUGAUGCAUAGAGAAAUGAUUUUAUAUGUGAUUGAAAUGAUUUCUGCGUUUAAUUAAAAAAAUUGACUGGUAAUAUUGUGCAUUAAUUUUAUUCAUUAAUUUUUGUUCAUUUCUUUUCACAUUUGUUGUCUCAAAUUGAUUUUGUCCAGUAACCAUUCAGUGUUUCUCACUGUAAGUUUUUCUGAGGAAAAAAGAACUAACUAUAUGGAGGAAACAUAUGAGACUACAAACCUUGGAUCUGCUCAGCACAAGGACCAGCCCAAAUUACAGGGUUUACAAACCAAGAAGUUAUAUUUGUUGCUUUUAACUCUGUGAGCAUUUACUCAAAAUAGAAUCGGAAGCAAUAUGAAUUAUGGUGUGUUUGUUAAUCUUUAAUCAUUCUAGAAAUGACUUCAGAUGCUUUGCAUGCAGCUGCAGAGUUUUAUGGUGUUACCCACAAAUCUAACUUUCCGUUCCCAAUUAGUUAAUUUUAGCUUUUUGCACAUAUAAAGGAUGUUUUCUGACUAUCGAAAUAAGAGAUCUGAAAAUUGCUUCCUUGUUUUCGAGAAUUAAGGUCAUAAUUUUAAAAUGUUGUUACCCACAUGACCAUAAAUGACAAGCCAUACAUGGAAAGCAAAUUUCCUUUAAAACAAUGACAUUUAGAGCAGUUUUUCAGUAAAAAGGUACAAUAGGUUGUACUAUUGCACAGUAAUAAUUUGAUAUAGGCCUAUACCAUGGCACUAAAUGUUUACCAUAUUGAUGUGGCAUGGCAUUUACAAUGAUAUUUCAAAUAUAUAACCAAACAUUGCAAAAAAUAUGAUAUUGCUGUGGUCUAGUAAGUCGUCAUUUUAAAUAAGUGCUUUAAAGGGAGCAUUUUGAUAAGUCUUAUCCUAUAAAAGACAUUCAAAUUGUAUAGGCCUAAGUCUUUCCUACCUGAAAUAGGCAUAUGUAAGAAAUAUGUGAUGAAUGACCUAGAAAGCACAAUUUUAUAAAAAUUAAAC